UGUUGCUGCUUAUCCUGCACGAUGGUCUCACAGUGAGAGCGAGAGAGAGUCUGAUCUCACACAGAAUUCCUCCUACUGGAGGGGGCACAUCAGUAAGAGUCAAGAGGAAAAAAGACACUGAACACAAGAGCUCUGCAAGUGAUCAUGAGCACAUAAGCGGCAGCUGACCGGCACCAGAAUAGCACGGAUAAUAUGAUCAAGGCUCUAUCUACACAGCAGUGGAAAAAUAAAAGCGGCUGCUUGGUGUUUGUUUUUUGCCGAUCAAACAGAAAUAUCGCCAAUUAAAAGACUGGCAAGUAAUAUUUGUAAAUGACUGUUCCAAUUGAUCAGUUGCAAAAUGGAAACAACUGGUCAAGCGUUUUGAGAUUUAAUAAGAACGUUUUACACCAUAAAAAUUAACUGGUUUACAGUAUCGGAGGUGCAGCUUCGGAAAGACUGGGGGAAAGUAACAAGGACGCUUUGACUGAGAUCCCAAGGUACGGACAACGGGGCUUUUGACAACUCGGAUCACCUGGAAUAAAGACUGAAAAUCGGGGCUACAGCAGAAGAAUUGCAAAAGUGUAUUCAUGCAUUGAAGUUUUACUACACAUCCAUGCACUGUGUUUUGAAAUACAAUUUGGACUAAGAGGAGCGCAUAUUACAAAAAACAACAAAAAUAAAUAAACUUUCUUUUACUAAGGGCAACGAAGAUUAAAUACUGGAAAAUACGAAAUUACAGGAAUACUUAAAAAUAAAUAAAUGCAUAAAAAGAGGCUGUUUGUUUUCAUGAUUUUACAAAGUUGAAUUUAUUCACCGAAAGCGGGAUCCUAUUCCUUCUGAACUGUAACUUUGUUACACGGGAGUACUGCACUGGUGGUGUUUGCGUAUAAGGACACAUUUUAAUUUUUUUUUUCAAUAAGAAUAUUACAAAUCAAUGCUUACAUACAAUUGAGAGAUACAGACGUUUGCAGCGCCGCAAAAUGUGAUCGGCAUGGUGAGUUGUUUACAGACACUUUACAUUUAAGAAUUCGUUUAAAACGACUAUUAAUAUUUGGAUUUAUUUUCUAUUAUUAUAAAUCUCUCCCUUCCCCUUUUUAGAUUUUUUUCUGAACUGUGAAUUAUCUAAAUAAUUGCCCCCCGGGGUAGAGAUAUAUUCUGCGAGACCAGCUAUUGCAGGGCAAGCUGGCUGUCAUGCGGUGUUGAACCCGGAGAAGUAUGUUUGGGCUUGAACAGUUUGAGCAUCAGAUCAAUAGCAGAAACGUUGGCCACGGAGAGAGAAACUUUAACCAGCCUGGACUGAACAUGAGCGCCCACUACAAGAACCCGACUUUCCACCCUUCAGGUCCGCCUGGAGCCGUGGAACAAGGCAUGGGCACUUUAAACGAGCCCCCAAUGCUGGGACUGAACAUGAACCUAAACGGGGAGCAGUACGGCUUUCACCCCAGGGGACAUUCUGAAAUACACGCAGGGGGGCUGCAGCAGCAACCCAUGCACGGCUUUUUUAACAACCAGCAACCUCAUCACGGGCACCCUCAUGGCCACCACCCUCAUGCCCACCAACACCACCCCCACUUCGGGGGCAAUUUCAGUGGACCUGAUCCCAGUGCAUCUUGCCUGCAUGGAGGUCGACUUAUGGGCUACAACAGCAGCAGCAUGGGGCCCCAGCAGGGCUUUGCGGAGGGUUUUGACCCCAUGGCAGAAAAUCAAGGAGCAGGAGGUGAGGGGUUUGGGCACCAGCGGCCGAAUAAUAUGCCUGAGUUUCAGCACCAUAACUCCCAAGCCACCAACCACGCAGUCCCGGCUCCUUGCCUCCCGUUAGAUCAAUCACCAAACCGGGCUGCCUCAUUCCAUGGCGUUCCGUCCACCACUUCAUCGGAUGCCCACAGUCUUGAGCAGCGGAGAAUGCCUGCUCAAGCUGGUGUGGAAACCUUGGAAUACAGUUACCCCAGCGAGACCCCUUCAGGACACUUUGAUAUGCCAGUGUUUUCCCCAUCAGAAUCUGAUGCGCAGCUUCCUCACUACGGGGCUGGCAGGCAGGUACCCGGUGGCAACUUUCCUGGCAAUCCAGCUAUGCCAAGAGCACCAGGCAUGCCAGGCAUCUCUAAAGUCCACCACCAGCAGCAGCAUGGCGUUUUCUUUGAGAGGUUUGGAAACACUCGAAAGAUGUCUGUGGGAAUGGAGCCUGGCAUCAACGCAAGGCAUCCAUUGAUGCAGCAGCAGCAGCAGGGGGGCUUGCUGGCCAGGCAAAACUCUUGUCCUCCAGCCAUCCCUAGGCAACCGCCUACCGAGGCCAGUGCUCCUAACCCUAACCUGCAAGACAACGGGGUGAUGAUGCCAGGCCAACAUAACCAGUUUGAAUACCCCAUUCACAGACUGGAGAACAGAAGUAUGCAUCCUUACAGUGAUUCUAUGUUUAAUAUGCAGCAGCAGCCACCUCAGCAUCCACCAAACCAGAGACUGCAACACUUUGACACUCCCUAUUUGAAUGUGGCAAAGAGACCGAGGUUUGAUUUUCCAAAUAACCACAACUCUGAGAACUGUGCUACUUGGAACAGCAACAUGCACAACCCGCCGGGCAUGGAAAACCACUUAUCUCCAUCUGCCUACCCUGGUCUUCCUGGGGAGUUUACCCCUCCUGUUCCAGAGGGUUUCCCACCAGGUCCCCCUCUGCAGCAUGCAGGCCCCGAUCAGCAGUCUUUGCAGCAACGCCAAAAUGCAGCAAUGAUGAUUAAACAAAUGGCUUCCAGAAAUCAACAGCAAAGAAUGAGGCAGCCUAGUCUCCAGCAGUUGGGUCACCAUGGAGAUGUCAGUCAAAACAGCAUGGUGCAUGGAGGCCAAGUGGGAAAUAUGCCUCAGCCAAAUUUUGAAAGGGAAAGUGGGGGAAGGAUGGCGAACUUUGAUUCCCAGAACCCCCACAUGGCUCAGGAGAAUACCUGGUUUCCAGGCCCCCACCCUCCUGGAGAAAUGCUCCAGCGCAGGAUGGGCACCUCCAAUGUACCGGGGGAGGCCAGCCCACAUGAAAUGAAUAUGCAGCAGAAUGGCUCAAAUAUGCUCUUUCGGCCUGGGGUCAAUGGAAUGGGCAUGCAAGAACCUAUGAGGAUGCCAGGAGAUGGACAUGUACAGGCUUUGCAUUCCCCUGGCAUGCAGUUUGGAAAUAAUAUGGGCAACCUCUCCCAGAUGCAGUCUCCCGGGGCUGGGGUUGGGCUCCCAAAUGCACCAUCAGACCGAAGACCCCCGGACUUCCCCACGCCCCCUAUGGGGGCACAGUCGGGUUUCCCUUUCAGUGGGGCAAACAGACCAGGAGCUCCCCACAACAACCCCCCAGGUGUGAAUGCUUCCCCAGGCAACUAUCCUCCCCAAUCUGAGUUUCAGCAAGGCCAGCGCUCCUCUGUUAGUAAGUUGGGGGCACUUUCGCUGGGGUCAUUUAGUAAGACCAAUGCAAAAGAUAACAUGUUUGGACAGAGCUGCUUGGCUGCCCUUUCGACAGCCUGCCAGAAUAUGAUUGCCAGUCUGGGUGCCCCUAACCUCAAUGUUACAUUUAAUAAGAAAAGCCAAAAUGAAGGCAAGCGAAAGCUGAGUCAAACUGAGCAGGACAUAAAUAGCAUGAAUGCUGGAGCCACUGGCAACAGUAGCAGUGGGCCUGAAUAUUUCCAGAGCGGUGCCUCUCAGAACAGUCAGAUGCCUGGCGCUGGGAAUAGUAACAGCAAGCCCUCAGGUCAAAGUGGCACAAGUCAGCCUACCCAAGGGGAAGCUAACCUCUCCCCAAACUACAAUAUGGACGCUACCCCAGCGAACGAAGGGAAGUCGGUGACAGGGAGUGGGAGUGGGAGGGGGAGGGGGAGAAGAAAAAGGGACAGUGGGCAUGUGAGCCCAGGAAUUUUUUUUGACAAAUUUUCCUCUGACUGCGGGAACCCGGUAGUAAGUCCGGGGCAGCAGGGCCCACCAACAAGUGCUGUAGAGCGGGGUGGUGGAACCCCCCAUGAUAAGCCUCUCACAUCCCCCUCCUGGGGAAAGGGAAGUGACUUGCUGCUUAGCGACCAGCCGGACCUCAUGUCCUCUUUGGACAGUGGGAUUCAAAGUGUAACAAAAUCGGACAGUAGCUCACCUCAUGUUGAUUUUCCAGAUGAUGUGAGCACAAAUUAUGGCAAUGAAGAUGAGGUGUCUUCUAGCUCAGACAACAACAUAUCCAAACCUAACAGGAGCCCCUUGGUCACCAGCUCCCCAAAAAUACAGAGAGGUGACCAUGGACUGCUUAACGGGCAGAAACAAAUGGGUCUUGGUAUGCUAAAUAACACUACCUCUACCCCAGACAGCUAUGGGCUCAGUAGCACUGGGGGCGGCCACCCUGGUACACCGGGCAUGGAGCAGGUCCGCACCCCGUCUAGCACAUCGACGCAGGAUGAGAUUCACCCUUUAGAGAUCCUCCAAGCACAGAUCCAACUCCAGAGGCAACAGUUCAGCAUAUCAGAAGACCAGCCUCUUGCUAUGAAGAACAAAAAGCCAGACUGCCCCAGCCAGAACGGGGAUAAUGAGUUGGUCAAUUGUGUCACGGACAGUGGCAAAAACGCAAUGAGCACUAUUGACCUUGACUCACUGAUGGCAGAGCAACAUGCUACCUGGUAUAUUCCCAAUGAUAAGUCCUUGAUGGAGGGCCAGGAGGAUGACAAAUCCAUGGCACCAUGGGAAAAGACAAAACCUCAGAAUAACAACAAAGAAGCCCAAGACCUACCCCAGAACAAACCCUCUGCAGCGGGCCAGAAUGGAAGCCAUGUUCAGUGUCUGUCGGUCCACUGUAACGAAGACAUGGGCGAGUCGAAGGGCCGGACACCAGUGCCACCCUGGAGGUCACUGCACUCAGACAUCUCCAACCGCUUCGGGACCUUUGUGGCAGCGCUGACCUGACUAAAAUGACUCUUUUUUUCUAAAAAAAUAAAAAUAAAAAAAGAAAGAAAAGCAAAUGAAUACAAAUAAUAAGAAGAUGGACGCUACGGUCAGGUGGACUUUUCUAACUGCAGAGUGGCAUAAAGACCCGUUAACCUCAACAUUUUUUUUUUUAUAUAUAAAACAAACAAACAAAAAAAACUUCUACCACAGUAUGUUACCAGUGUUACGUUUUCAAUUUUUUCUUGGGAUAGCUGGACUAAUAAACCCCUUAUUAUGGUUCUUGGCACUUGAUGUACAUCAAUGUUAUUGUCAAAGGGUGGCAUUAAUAAUGGUUAAUGUCAAUAGGUGCAAGUGUAAAAGAUGGAUGUCCGCUGGUGGAAAUAAAUAAUUAUAUUCAUGUAUUUAAUUAUCGGAUUUAAUUAUCGAUUGAGCAAAGUUGCAUUGGGGGAUUUUUAAAACAUUUCUAAUUAUUUCUUUUUUUAUAUAUACAUAUGUUUGCUCCCCAAGAUCUAUCACUUAAAUACACUAUCGGGUUACAUAAAGUAUUUGUUGGUCAACUGUAAAAUUGCCCAACCUUUUAAUUAUACAAAUUUAUAAGACAUGAUAUUUAUAGAGUUGUGUUGGGUACAUUAUAGCCCUAUUAAAAGGGAGUGUUGGCCAAAAAACAUCUAUCAGCCGUACAUAUCAGUUUUCAUUUUGCGUAUGCAGAAACAUUUUGAUUAUGACUUUAAGGGGCAUAUUAAGCAUUUACUCCUUUUUUUUUAAAGAUCUUAAACACCUGUUAAUUUUCCAAAACUAGAACCAAACAACUAAGUAAUAUAUUUAAAGUUCUCUGAAGCACUUUCAAGGUGUUUUGUUUUUCAUCUUGUUACAUUAAUGUGAUUUGUUUCUUCUUAAAAUAUAUAUAUAUAUAUAUAUAUAUAUAUAUAACAGGAGUUACAGGAAUUAAAGAAUAGAGGAAAUUAAAAUAUGGCCCUAAAAGUUUACAGUCCUGUAUGGAUCUGAAGAACAUAUUCCCAUGUUCAUGAACACAGUGGGGGUAGAACAGCAAUACUCACUUUCAACCUCUUCAUAGAUUGCUUGCCUUUCAAAAUGCAUGGCUCUUUGAAAUGAAUAAUCAAUCUGAUUUGGUGGCUUCAGGGUUCACGUGAGUUCAAGACAUGUAUACCCUUAGUUGUGCACCUGCUACUUAGACAACCAAUGUAGCGCACUGAAAUGUACCAGUCAGUAGUUGUUGGAUUUAGUUAAUUUGGGGUUUCUUUGGAAUAGGAUAAUAGUUUUUUUUUUGUUUCAAAUUAUGUUCUUAUUGCCGCCUGUGUAACCCGAAAACAUAUUGACGUUGUUCACAUAGAAAACCGAUCAAACACUGGUAAUCAAUACUGGCUAGAUAACUCUCUUCAAAAAAAGGUAUCGGUAUUGCACAUGUAAAAUAAGAAAUAAAAUUUGCUGUGUGUUAGGCAAUCUUGUAAUCUUUACAUUUUCUUUUUGCUGAAUUUGAAUUCUGAAAUGAUUGUUUGAAGACUGUGACAAUAACUCAUAAAAUUGAGUGUUAUUUUUUCUUUUUUUUAAAUAAUACGUAAAGUGCAGUCUUCUGUAUUCACGCAUAUUGUAUAUAUCUGUAUAUGUUUUAUUGAGCAACUAAAUAACAAUAAAUAUGAUGUUAAUGGUG